AUAACGAAGUUACUGUGCUGCGCUGUAGGUCCAUGUUUACGGGGCAGGCGAGGGAGUUUCCUUCACUCCGAGUGUGGACACGGCCGCAGCAUCGAGCUCUCAACUCUCCUCUCUGGUUAUUUCUCGCGACUCAUCCCUGUAGCUGCGCUGUGACUGGCUAACCUGCACACACACACACACACACGGGCUGAUCCAGGACGAGACCCGGGGGGGAGCAGCAGCAGCAUCUGCCGCCACCACCACCGUCCCUCCCUCCGCCCGGCACCUCGACUACUUCUGCUGCCGCUGCCAUCAUGUGCGACUGCUUCCACCUGGCCUUCCCCAACUGGCACGCCGCCUCCUCAGGGACGGGACCUGGUCGAAGGCUGAGAGGACCGGAGCCCGGCACAGAGGACGAUUCAACAUGUGACGGGCCAUCUCACUUAACAGAGGAAGUGAGGCCACGCCCUCAAGGGUCGUCCCCCGUCGAGGAGUAUCCUGAAACGGACAAAUUCACAGACAGUGACAAAGAGUGUGAAGCAGAGCAUGACACACGCCACAAAAGUGGGAGUGGAAAGAAAACAAAAAAGUCUGGCCGUGGGUCCAUGUUCGAUAAGCGCUCGACUCCAAAGAUGAGUAAACUGAAGGAAGUUCCCAGCCCCGAGUCUGAGGUGAUAGUGAAAACAGCCAACGAUGGAUGUGCAGAGGGUCUCAUUUAUGGUGGAGGGGGGAAAGAGGGCAUCUUCAUUAAGGAAGUGGUACCAGAGUCACCGGCCUCAAAAAGUCUGAAACUGAAAGAAGGUGAUCAGAUUCUGAGCGCCACGGUGUAUUUUGACAACGUGUCAUAUGAGGAUGCCAUUACGAUUUUGGAGCAUGCUCAGGCUUACAAUAUGAGACUCUGCUUGAAACGCAAACCAGACAUCACUGAGACUGAACCAGCCAUGGACUCCGACGUUAUCCCUGAGGAAGACCUUGGUGCUCCAGAGAUGAGGGAACAAGGAAAAACCAAAAGGCGUGGGGAUGCUCGCAUUUCAUGGCCAAAGUUUCCCUCCUUUGGAAAGGGCCGGAAGUCCCACUUCACAAGGUCUCACAGUUCCUCUGAGGCUGAUGAGCAGAGAAAGCUGGAGCUUAGCCCCACAACAAGUGACACAGAGUCACCUAUAAAAACUCAAGAUGCUCUCAAAGGCAAGAAGAGGCACAAAAUGAAGCUUUCUGCUCUGAAAAAGAGAGGCCGCGUAAGUUCAUCUGAAGACCAGGAGACAGACGCACCAACAAUCGGGCAGAUCAGUGGCGACAUUUACCAGACAGCAUCAGACAUGCUUUCCCCUGAUGAAUGCUUUGAAAGCCUCUCAGGAAAAGCACCUGAAGUCUAUGUAUCGAAGAAUCUGAAGGUAGUGGAAGAAAUAAGACUUGAGCAAAAUGAUCCAAAAAAGACUGUUCAACACAAGGUGGAACUGAUCAGUAUAGACAGCACUUUGAAAACAGCAGAUCUAACUAUGGCUCUGGCAGAUCAAGAAAGCCCCUCUGGUAUCAAGUCCCCCGAUGAGAAGAAAAAGAAGAAAGACAGGUCUGAAAUAAAAGUGAAAAUUUUGGGGAAGGAUAAAUCACACAAGAAAGAUACAAAAGCAAAAGCCUCACCAAAAAGGCUAAAAACCCUAGGGGCAAGUACAGAAGUAGCAGAUCAGCCUGCAAAUGAAAAAUCAGAUGUCAUUCCAAAGGUUGAAUUUGAUUUUUCUGAUGUCACAUUUAUGCGAAGAUCUCCACAGAAAGGUGAAGAACAAGCAAAGAAAGACAAGGACAUAAAACAAAAACAGGAAGCAAAGACAGGUCCGACAUUCAAACUGCCUAAAAUUGGCUUGAGUGACAUUUCAACUGAGGAAACUAUACAAAAACUAAAUGUUGAAGAAUGCCCAAAUACAAUUGAGAAGCUUAACAGUGCAGUGAAAGAGGAUCCAUAUGACAGACUGUCAAAAAGCAGUCAUUCCAGAACCCAACUUCCCAAACGUGAAGACAUUGAGAUUCCAGGUAUGGAGGACAUGUCUGUGAGGACCAGAGCCAAAGGAAUUAAAGAGCCCAAAGUGGUUCUAACAGGACAAUAUGAAGAAUUUCAAACCGAAACUGUGCAACUGUUAAUUGAUGUGGACAGUGUGAAAGAGGCAGUUUCAAAAUUGCCUGGAUUUAAGCUGCCAAAGGUUGACACAUGUGGAAUGCCUAUUCCUGAAGAAAUUACUGUGAUAGAUGCAAAUGCACAAAGAAUAUCAGUGAAAACACCUACAAAAGUUGCAGAUACCAAAACAAAACAUGAGGCGCACCUUACUAAAUUUGACAUAACUGCCUCUUCCGAAAUCACCAAGACUACUGUCAAACUACCAAAGAUUGCAACUGCUAAUUUAACCUCUGAGGGGCUUUUAAUUGAGACCAAGGUUGUUAAAGAAAUGGAGAAAGUGGACAAAACCAAGCUAAAACAAAGUGACAUAGAGUUCUAUAAACGAGAGGAUAUUACAAUUCCAGGCAAAGAAAGUCCAAAAAAAGACAUUGUAUUUAAAUUGCCAAAACAAAACAUCUUUGAGGAACAAGGCGAUUCAAUAUUCGGAGAAAGGACUAUAUUGCUCCAAGAAGUAACAACACCAGAAACUGAAACAAGAAAAGGCAAGGGGCAGAUUGGAGGAGUCACAUUGGAUGUCAAAAUACCAGAAAUCGAUUCCAUUGAGUUUAUUGAUUCAGUAAAUGGUUCCCCAGCCAAAAAGGGUGGUGGCGUUAGUCUCACAGGUUUUGGUGUUAAUCUUAAUGCUACAAAGCCAAAGGUUGACAUCUCCUUUCCACAGACCGAAAGUGAAGUAAAAGAUGUUGGAGCUGAGGAGCAUACAAUCAAACUGGCCAAAUUUGGAGCAGUUAGAAUAAAUGUGCCUGAUGUAGACAAGGACAUAAACACUGAUGGAUCAGAGGUAAAAAUAAUCCAGGGAGAGGGGGAGGAGUGCAAGUUUAAGAUACCAAAUCUUGGCAUAUCCAUACCAAAGUUGAAAGGAUCUAAAACUGAUUCAGGCCUUUCAAAGAAGGAUGCAACUGCAACACUACCAGAAGUUCAAGCUGGGGUCAAACUCUCAGAAGCCCCUGAGGUUGAUGUUACCCUUGGAAGCAUAGAUGUUUCUAUUCCAGAGCAAAAGGUAGAAGUUGAAAAACCUAGCUUGGAAAUCAAACCUCUGCAGAUGGAAGUUGAUAUUGAUGGACAAGGAAGCAAAUUGAAGAUGCCAAAGUUUGGAAUCAAAAUGCCAAGAAUGAAAGGACCGGAAUUUGAUUUAAGUUUGUCAAAGAAAGACGUAGACGUCACACUACCAGAAGCUAAAGCUGGGGUCAAACUUCCAGACGCCCCUAAGGUUGAUGUUACCCUUGGAAGCAUAGAUGUCUCUAUUCCAGAGCAAAGGGUGGAAGUUGAAAAACCGGAGUUGGAAAUCAAACCUCUGCAGACUGAAGUUGAAAUUGAAGGACAAGGAAGCAGAUUCAAAAUGCCAAAGUUUGGAAUUAAAAUGCCAAAAAUGAAAGGACCUGAAUUUGAGUUACGUUUGUCAAAGGAAGACGUAGAUGUCACAUUACCAGAAGCUAAAGCUGGGGUCAAACUCCCAGGAGCCCCUGAGGUUGACGCUACUCUUGGAAGCAUAGAUGUCUCUAUUCCAGAGCAAAAGGUGGAAGUUGAAAAACCUGAGUUGGAAAUGAAACCGCUGCAGACUGAAGUUGAAUUUGAUGGACAAGGAAGCAGAUUCAAAAUGCCAAAGUUUGGAAUUAAAAUGCCAAAAAUAAAAGGACCUGAAUUUGAUUUAAGUUCAUCAAAGAAAGACAUAGACGUUACACUACCAAAAGCUAAAGCUGGGGUCAAACUUCCAGAAGCCCCUAAGGUUGAUGUUACCCUUGGAAGCAUAGAUGUUUCUAUUCAAGAGCAAAAGGUGGAAGUUGAAAAACCUGAGUUGGAAAUGAAACCGCUGCAGACUGAAGUUGAAUUUGAAGGACAAGGAAGCAGAUUCAAAAUGCCAAAGUUUGGAAUUAAAAUGCCAAAAAUAAAAGGACCUGAAUUUGAUUUAAGUUCGUCAAAGAAAGACGUAGACGUCACACUACCAGAAGCUAAAGCUGGGGUCAAACUUCCAGAAACCGCUAAGGUUGAUGUUACCCUUGGAAGCAUAGAUGUUUCUAUUCCAGAGCAAAAGGUGGAAGUUGAAAAACCGGAGUUGGAAAUCAAACCUCUGCAGACUGAAGUUGAAUUUGAUGGACAUGGAAGCAGAUUCAAAAUGCCAAAGUUUGGAAUUAAAAUGCCAAAAAUAAAAGGACCUGAAUUUGAUUUAAGUUCAUCAAAGAGAGACGUAGACAUCACACUACCAGAAGCUAAAGCUGGGGUCAAACUUCCAGACGCCCCUAAGGUUGAUGUUACCCUUGGAAGCAUAGAUGUCUCUAUUCCAGAGCAAAGGGUGGAAGUUGAAAAACCGGAGUUGGAAAUCAAACCUCUGCAGACUGAAGUUGAAUUUGAAGGACAAGGAAGCAGAUUCAAAAUGCCAAAGUUUGGAAUUAAAAUGCCAAAAAUGAAAGGACCUGAAUUUGAGUUAAGUUUGUCAAAGAAAGACGUAGAUGUCACACUGCCAGAAGCUAAAGCUGGGGUCAAACUUCCAGAAACCGCUAAGGUUGAUGUUACCCUUGGAAGCAUAGAUGUCUCUAUUCCAGAGCAAAGGGUGGAAGUUGAAAAAACGGAGUUGGAAAUCAAACCUCUGCAGACUGAAGUUGAAUUUGAAGGACAAGGAAGCAGAUUCAAAAUGCCAAAGUUUGGAAUUAAAAUGCCAAAAAUAAAAGGACCUGAAUUUGAUUUAAGUUUGUCAAAGAAAGACGUAGACGUCACACUACCAGAAGCUAAAGCUGGGGUCAAACUUCCAGAAACCGCUAAGGUUGAUGUUACCCUUGGAAGCAUAGAUGUUUCUAUUCCAGAGCAAAAGGUGGAAGUUGAAAAACCGGAGUUGGAAAUCAAACCUCUGCAGACUGAAGUUGAAUUUGAUGGACAUGGAAGCAGAUUCAAAAUGCCAAAGUUUGGAAUUAAAAUGCCAAAAAUAAAAGGACCUGAAUUUGAUUUACGUUCAUCAAAGAGAGACGUAGACAUCACACUACCAGAAGCUAAAGCUGGGGUCAAACUUCCAGACGCCCCUAAGGUUGAUGUUACCCUUGGAAGCAUAGAUGUCUCUAUUCCAGAGCAAAGGGUGGAAGUUGAAAAACCGGAGUUGGAAAUCAAACCUCUGCAGACUGAAGUUGAAUUUGAAGGACAAGGAAGCAGAUUCAAAAUGCCAAAGUUUGGAAUUAAAAUGCCAAAAAUGAAAGGACCUGAAUUUGAGUUAAGUUUGUCAAAGAAAGACGUAGAUGUCACACUACCAGAAGCUAAAGCUGGGGUAAAACUCCCAGAAGCCCCUAAUGUUGACGCUACUUUUGGAAGCAUUGAUGUUGACUUUCCAGUGCAAAAGAUGGAGGUCAAUAAGCCUGAAUUGCAAAUCAAACCUCUGCAGACUGAAGGUGAACAUGACGGACAAGGAAGCAAGUUUAAAAUGCCAGAGUUGGGAAUCACGAUGCCGAAAGUAAGAGGACCUGAAAUUGAUUUGAGCUUAUCAAAGAAAGAUAUACAUGCCACACUGCCUAAAGCUGAAGCACAAGUCAAGCUUCCUGUUAUGGAACAUAGAGAAUCUGGUAUUAAAGUAGAGGUCAAAGCUCCAGAGAUUGCAGUUCACCAACAGGAUGUUGAAGGAUCACCAUUGAAAUUUAAGAUGCCAACAUUCAAACUACCAAAAUUUGGAGUUGGUACUCCAAACAUCUCGGUAGAAGGACCUGAUAUGGACAAAGAUGUAAAAAUCGAUGGAGCUGACAUUAAAAUGCCCAAAGAUGGGGCGACUAUUAACAUAACAGCACCCAGCGUUGAGGGUCCUUCAAUAGAUUUGAAAUCCAUGGGAACUGAAAAAGAUGACAAAGGAAGCAAAUUCAAAAUGCCCCAUCUUGGGAUCUCUAUGCCAAAGGGGAAAGGACAUACAUUUGAUUUAAGCCGGUCUAAGAAAGAUGAAGAUGUAACAUUUCCAGAGGCUAAAGCUGAAGUCAAACUUCCAGAAGCACCUAAAAUAGCUGUGGAGAUGAAAUCACCAGUGUGUGAGGUAGAAAUAGAUAGAAAAGGUGAAGAGUUUAACAUGCCAAAGUUUGGAAUGUCGAUGCCAAAGGUAAAAGGACCUGAAUUUCAUCUAGGCUUCUCAAAGAAAGAUGUGAAUGUCACACUGCCAGAAGCUAAAGCCGACGUCAACCUCCCUGAUGUUGAACUACAAGAACCUUCAGCUAAAGUAGAAAUUAAAGCUCCUGCGAUUAAAGUUGCAGCUAAAGAUACAGGUGGAUCACCUUCAAAAUUUAAAAUGCCAAGUUUUAGUUUCUCAAAGCCCAAAGUCAAAGGGCCUGUUAUAGAUUUAAGCUUAUCAAAGAAAGACACAGAUAUCACAUUACAAGACACUAACACUGAGGUCAAACUUCCUGAAGUCGCUAAAAUUGAUGUUAGUCUUGGAAAAGCCGAAGUGUUGAUUCCAGAGGCCAAAGUGGAAGUUAAAAAACCUGAAGUGCAAAUCAAACCUCAGCAGACUGAUGUUGAACUGGAAGGACAAGGAGGAAAGUUCAAAAUGCCAAAGUUUGGCAUCACAAUGCCAAAAGUAAAAGGGCCUGACUUUGAUUUAAGCUUCUCAAAGAAAGAUGUAGAUGUGACACUACCCAAGGCCAAAGCUGAGGUUGAAACCCCAGACACUCCUAAGAUCACUGUGGAUGUUAAACCAUUGGAGUGUGAAGCAGAAAUUGAUGGGCAAGGAAGCAAGUUUAACAUGCCAAAGUUUGGAAUAUCUAUGCCAAAAGUGCAAGGGCCCAAAAUUGAUUUAAGCGUAUCCAAAAAAGAUGUAGAUGUUAAAUUACCAGAGGCUAAGGCUGAUCUUGAACUCAAAGCCCCAGAAAUUGAUGUUAAUCUUGGAAAAGCAGAAGUUUCAAUUCCAGAAGCAAAGAUGGAGGUUGAAAAACCUGAACUGGAAAUAAAACCCCUAGAGACUGAAGGUGAACUUGAUGGACAAGGAAAUAAGUUUAAAAUGCCUAAGUUUGGAAUAUCAAUGCCAAAAGUAAAAGGACCAGAAAUUGAUUUCAGCAUAUCAAAGAAGGAUGUAGACAUCAGUCUACCAGAAGCCAAAACAGAAAUCAAUCUCCCUGAUGUUGAACUAAAAGAACCUUCUGCUAAAGUGGAAGUUAAAGCUCCUGAGAUUGAAGCUCAGUUAGGCAGCAUGAAAGGAUCACCAUCAAAAUUUAAAAUGCCUACAUUUAAAUUCCCCAAAUUUGGAGUUGCUGCUCCAAAUGUCAGCGCUGAAAUACCCGAUACAAACAAAGAAAUCAAAAUUGACGGAGCUCACAUGAACAUAUCUGCACCACAUACAGAUAUUGAUGUUCCGGAGGUUAAAGGAGAGGUCUACCUGCCAGAGGCUGAAGUCAAGGAACCAUUAAGUGACGUGGAGGUAGAUGCAAAAAUUAAAAAGUCAAGGUUUUCAAUGCCCAAGUUUUCCUUUUCAAAACCAAGUGUUAAGGCCCCAGAAGUUGAUCUCAGUGUUCAGGAUGUGAAUGUUGCACUUCCAGAAGGAAAGGUGGAAGUGAAAAUAGGGGAAGUGGAUAUGAAAUCACCAGAGCAUGAAGCAGAAGUUGACGGGCAAGGAAGCAAGUUCAAAAUGCCAAAGUUUGGCAUCUCAAUGCCAAAGGUUACAGGGCCUGACAUAGAUUUAAGUUUAUCCAAAAAAGAUGUAGAUGUGACAAUACCAGAAGCCAAAGCUCAAGUCAAACUCCCUGAUGUCGAUUUGAAAGGACCCUCUGCUGAAGUGGAAAUCCAACAUCCUGAGAUGAAAGUUGUGACAAAAGACAAAGACGGAUCACCGUCAAAAUAUAAAAUGCCGACAUUCAAAUUACCGAAAUUUGGAGUAGGCACUCCAAGUUCCACCAUAGAAGUACGCGAUAUGGAGAAAGAUGUCAAAAUCAAUGACGUUGACAUUAAUAUUCCUGAAGAGGUUCUGGCAGUUCACAUUGUAGCACCCAGUAUUGACACUGAAGGCAAAUCAAUAGAUUUGAAAACUACAACGACUGAAGAUGAAGAAAAAGGAAGCAAGUUUAAACUGCCAAAGUUUGGCAUCUCAAUGCCAAAGGUUACAGGGCCUGACAUAGAUUUAAGUUUAUCCAAAAAAGAUGUAGAUGUGACAAUACCAGAAGCCAAAGCUGAAGUCAAACUCCCUGAUGUCGAUUUGAAAGGACCCUCUGCUGAAGUGGAAAUCAAACAUCCUGAGAUGAAAGUUGUGACAAAAGACAAAGAAGGAUCACCGUCAAAAUAUAAAAUGCCGACAUUCAAAUUUCCAAAAUUUGGAGUAGGCACUCCAAGUUCCACCAUAGAAGUACCUGAUAUAGACAAAGAUGUAAAAAUCAAUGACGUUGACAUUAAUAUUCCUGAAGAGGUUCUGGCAGUUAACAUUGUAGCACCCAGUAUUGACACUGAAGGCAAAUCAAUAGAUUUGAAAACUACAACAACCGGAGAUGAAGAAAAAGGAAGCAAGUUUAAACUGCCAAAGUUUGGCAUCUCAAUGCCAAAGGUUACAGGGCCUGACAUAGAUUUAAGUUUAUCCAAAAAAGAUGUAGAUGUGACAAUACCAGAAGCCAAAGCUGAAGUCAAACUCCCUGAUGUCGAUUUGAAAGGACCCUCUGCUGAAGUGGAAAUCAAACAUCCUGAGAUGAAAGUUGUGACAAAAGACAAAGAAGGAUCACCGUCAAAAUAUAAAAUGCCGACAUUCAAAUUUCCAAAAUUUGGAGUAGGCACUCCAAGUUCCACCAUAGAAGUACCUGAUAUAGACAAAGAAGUCAAAAUCCAUGACGUUGACAUUAAUAUUCCUGAAGAGGUUCUGGCAGUUAACAUUGUAGCACCCACUAUUGACACUGAAGGCAAAUCAAUAGAUUUGAAAACUACAACAACUGGAGAUGAAGAAAAAGGAAGCAAGUUUAAACUGCCAAAGUUUGGCAUCUCAAUGCCAAAGGUUACAGGGCCUGACAUUGAUUUAAGUUUAUCCAAAAAAGAUGUAGAUGUGACAAUACCAGGAGUCAAAGCUGAAGUCAAACUCCCUGAUGUUGAUCUGAAAGAACCCUCUGCUGAAGUGGAAAUCAAACCUCCCGAGAUCAAAGUUGUGACAAAGGACAAAGAAGGAUCACCGUCAAAAUUUAAAAUGCCGACAUUUAAAUUUCCAAAAUUUGGAGUAGGCACUCCAAGUUCCACCAUAGAAGUACCCGAUAUGGACAAAGAUUUAAAAAUCAAUGAUGCUGACAUUAAUAUUCCCGAAGAGGUUCUGGCAGUUCACAUUGUAGCACCCAGUAUUGACACUGAAGGCAAAUCAAUGGAUUUGAAAACUACAACAACUGGACAUGAAGAAAAAGGAAGCAAGUUUAACCUGCCAAGUCUCAGUUUUGUGCCUCAAGGCCCUGACAUUGAUUCAAGCUUAUCAAAGACAGCGGUAGAUGUGACAAUACCAGAAGCCAAAGCUGAUGUUCAGCUCCCUGAUGUUGAACUAAAAGGACCAUUAGCCAAAGUGGAAAUUAAAGCUCCGGGAAUUGAAGUUCACACGAGUAACGUCGAAGGAUCUCCAUCAAAGUUUAAAAUGCCAACAUUCAAAUUGCCCAAAUUUGGAGCUGCUACUCCCCAGGUCAGUGUGGAAGUGCCUGAUGUGGACAAAGAUAUUAAAGUGGAUGGGUCUGAUUUGAAAUUACCCAAAGCAAAAGUUGAAGUCACACGUCCUGAUGUAGAAAUCAAAGAGCCUGUGGGUUCAAUAUCAGUAUCGCAGGCAUCAAUUGCAGAGGGUGAUGCCAAGUUGAAAAAGCCAAGGUUUUCAUUACCCAAAUUUUCAUUUUCAAAGCAAAGUACAAAAGAGCUUGAAUUUGAUGUCAGUGUUCCAGAAGUUGAUGUUUCUCUUCCAAAAGGAAAUGUGGAAGUUAUACCAUCGGAAGUGGAGCUUAAGGCACCAGAAGGUGAUGUAGAAGUAGAUGGGCUGGAAAGUAAGUUCAAAAUGCCAAAGUUUGGCAUCACAAUGCCAAAAGUAAAAGGACCCGAUGUUGAUUUAAGUUUCUCCAAGAAAGAUGUAAAUGUUACACAAACCAAGGCUGAAGUUGAGGUUGAUAUCCCAGAAGGUCCUAAAAUUGAUGUGGAUGUGAAACGAUUGGAGUCUGAAGCAGAAAUUGAUGGGCAAGGAGGCAAGUUUAAAAUGCCAAAGUUUGGAAUCUCAAUGCCAAAAGUUAAAGGUCCUGAAAUUGAUUUGAGCUUAUCAAAGAAAGAUUUAGAUGUCACACUCCCAGAAGCCAAAGCUGAGGUUCAGCUUACAGAUGUUGAAAUAAAACAACCCUCUGGAAAAGUGGACGCUAAGGCUCCUGAGAUUAAAGGUCAAACAAGUAUUGUCGAAGGAUCACCAUCAAAACUGAAGAUGCCAACAUUCACGUUACCCAAAUUUGGAGCUGCCACUCCAAAGGUCAGUGUGCAAGUGCCUGAUGUGGACAAAGACAUCCAAAUUGAUGGUGCAAAGAUGGAGGUAACUAAAGAGGGAGCUAUAGUGAAUGUUACAGCACCCAGCAUUGAUGCCGAAGGCCUAUCUGUAGAUGUGAAACCAAAAGAAAGUGAACUUGAAGGAUCAGAGAGCAGGUUUAAAAUGCCCAAAUUUGGAAUCUCAAUGCCAAAAGUAAAAGGGCCUGAAAUAGAUUUGAGCUUAUCAAAGAAAGAUGGAGAUGUCACAUUACCAGAGGCUAAAACUGAGGUCAAACUGCCUAGUUUUGAAGUUAAAGAACCCAAAGGUGACAUACUAGUGCCAGAUGCACCUACAGUUGAGACUGAAGCCAAGUUGAAACGACCAAACUGGACAUUUCCAAAAUUUUCAUUUUCAAGAACAAGUGGCAAAGCCCAUGAUGGAGAUAUGAACCUUGAAACACCAAAAGCUGAUGUUACAUCACCAGAGGUGAAAGCAGAAAUGUCUCUACCAGAUGUUGAAGUCAAAGGACCUUCAGGCAUUAUUUCAAUGGAAGAGCAACCUGCUGAAGAACUUGAUGGAAACUUGAAAAAAAGUAAAUUUUCAUUACCCAAAUUUUCUUUUUCAAAGUCAAGUGUUAACAUACCCGAAGUCAGUGCUGAGCUUCCACAAGUUGAUGUUUUUCUUCCAGAAGGGGAAUUAAGAGUCAGACAACCUGUAAUGGAAAUCAAAGCUCCUGAGCUUGAAGCUGAACAUGAUGUACAAGGAAGCAAGUUUAAAUUACCAAAGUUUGGCAUUUCACUGCCAAAAUCGGAAGGACCUGAAGUUGAUUUAAAUGCAUCACAGAAGGGUGUAGAUGUCACGAUUCCUCAUAGAGCAGAGGUCAAACUCCCUGAAGCUGAUGUCAAGGAAUCUCCAGCUAGUGUGGAGACUGAAGCAAAGUUGAAAGAUGUUGGAGGGUCGCCAUCAAAAUUCAAAAUGCCUACCCUGAAAAUGCCGAAGUUUGGAGGUGCUUCCUAUGACGUCACUGUAGAAGCAACUGGUCCAGACAAAGCUGAAAAUUAUGGAGCUAAACUUGAAGAGGAUGUUACUGUUAAAAUCAAAGGUCCAAGUAUUGAUAUUAAAACUGAUAUGCCCAAAGCAGUAAUGUCCGAUUCUGAAAAGCCAAAGACUGAGACUGACAGUGUGGGCCAGGGAUCUCCAAGUAGAUUCAAACUGCCAUUAUUUAAAAUGCCGAAUCUGGGUUUCUCAAAAUCCAAACCUGAAGAUGAAUGUGUCCCUGCUGACAAUGAAGGCAAAGACAAUCAGCUGGUAACAGAAGAAGAGAGUAAAUCUCCAAAGUUGACUUUGACAUCGUUUGGUGAGAUCCUGAAUAACUUUGAUGUUGAAUUUGAUGUUUCAAAAACAGACGACGGCGAACAAAAUCUUAAAGCCAUAAAGGAAGUCGAUGAAACAAGUGAACCCGGUGGAAAGCAGUUAGAGGAAAAGGAAACACAAAGUAAUACCAAGCAAGAUACUACUAAAAGUCCUGAGAAGACAAGUUGGUUUAAAUUCCCCAAGUUCGGACUGUCCUCCCCAUCAGAACCUGCCAAGAUUUCUGAAAAAGAUGAGCACAAGGAUGAAAAGACCCCGGUAGAUGAAACAGGGACUGAGGAAAUGAGCCCAACCAGUUCUAUCCAGUCAUCAGAUGCCUUCGCCGACGUUAGCUCUACAAUGACAAGUGAGUAUUUUUGUCCGUCUGCAUCUUCUCCGACCAAGGUCACUGCCAAAUACUCUGAUCCAAGUGCAGCCACAGAGAUUGAAGAGACACACACUAACAUCAUCACGUCCACUACGAGGACAGCACUGAUCUCGGUUGAGCCAAACAUGCCUGAGAAAAUCACCAUUCUGUCAUCUGGAGUUUCAUCUUCAUCAGAAGACACGCUCAAACUGGAAUCUGGAAAAAUACACGUCAUCACUACGAAUAUACAAGCAACCCCAGAAGCUCAGCAUGCCAAGCUACUGACUGCUGUUCAAGUCCAAUCGUCUGAAGGCCUUCCCCUACAAUCAGAGGAUAGAGAAGCCGCAUCAUGGACUGUGGAAGAUUCCCAAAGUGGCAAGAGAAGGGUCUUUGAGAGGCACUUUGUUCGGGAAACAUCAAGCGAAAGAAGCGAGAGCAAGGAAACAAUUGUCAUAACUAAACAAAUUACACAUAUAUUUGACUCAUCUGAGCCCAUCUCCGGUGAUACAGCGUCAUCCAUACAACGACUGAAAGACUCUAUGCACUCUGAGAAAAUGAGGUUCUUUGACGGAGCGGAGAAGUGAAACAACUCGAUGUAAAUUAUAUCUAAAGUUACAACGCAAUCCCUUGCUCGUUGGUCAUUGUCAUGUCAUUGAAAGUGAGAGAGUAAGGACUAAGAAAACAUGUUGACAACUGGACAAGGUAGCUCACGUUUAACUCAGUCUUCAUGUGCUAACUUCAAUCUCUGGUUGCAUGUUAUUGACCUACAAAGAGAUUGAUUAAUUCAAGUCACACCGACAAUGAGAUCAAGUUGUUAAUAAUUACUGCAAAUUACGACAGGGCUUCACCAAUGUGUUUGUCCUCCAACUCAUACGAGGAACUCUGUCGUUUUCUUAAAAUUGCACCUCUACCGGUGACAGGCGCUACUUCACAAAUACUUUUUUUUGCCUCACAGCAUCGUGGGCAUUAAACGAAUGGUUAAUGAGCUUGUAAAUGUGAGGGUGAUGGGUAGGUUUAGGGUGACAUGGCAGGUCGGUGGACUUUCGAACGACCACAUGUCGCUAUACGCCGUUUCAAAAACGACAACGUUCGUCGUAUGAGCUGGAGGACAGGCUCGUUUGCUCAUGGUGUACAACUAAACCAAGCCAUGUCUUUUAUUUAUCAGAACUACCAUAGUUUUUAAUGUACAAUUUUGAUCCAAGCUACAUGUGCUCUUACUAAUAAGAUGACAGCUCUCAGUGCUUCAAUUCAAAGGUGGUUGCCGCAAAAAUCGAUCAAUGUUACCGACAUUCCACAAUAAUUUUUAACAAUGACUUCAGCGUUGACAAUAGAGAAUAAUACAUUGAAAACACCAGUGCAGUAUUUGUUAAAAAAAGGAAUGUGUACAUGUAUCACCAUAUAUAUUCUUGUUGCUGUAGCUAAAAUGUAAAAGAAACAAUAGCAAUGCAAAGAUGAAAUCAAAUACUUAAUGCUCAGCCACAGCAAGUGAACUGCUGCAAAUAUAUUUUUACUAAUACUUUGCUACUUAGAACCUAAUUUGCUACAAUACAAUUAUUUUACCAUGAUUUCCUAUCUCUGGGUAAAGUAGGAGUAUAAAACUGGCUGUGUAAAUAGCUUUUAAUGAACUCUGGAGUUUUUUUUGAUCACUGCUCCUGUUUGUAUUGUAAACGGCUUUAACUCAAUGUGUUUGCAGAGUUAUAAACAGUAAAUAAAUAUUAUAAUGAGAAAAAAAUGUGUCUGAAUCUGAUGAUGACAGAUCUGUUUUAGAUGGUCUUAAUGCUUAUUGGUUGGUAGUGUUGUUCUUUUUCUUCCUGUUUAGUCCGCUUCAUUUGUAUCUUUGGAAAUAGAUAAAAUUAUGUGAAUUUUGUUCACAUUUUUAAAUACAUACACAUGGUUUAGUGCUAUCAAAUGUGGUCAAAGUGGGCUGAAUAUCGUCUUGCCAGACGUAACUGUAUUACAGAGACAUGUUGUUGUUCAACGUAAUAUCCAUCACUGACAUAGGAAGCAUUAAUACACAUGUAUUUGUACACUAGAGGGAGACACAGUCCACAAGUGCUGUAUAUCUGUAACAUCACUGUGUUCUUGGAUUGAAAUAAACAGUUAGAAAAUAUGAAUUAUCUGCAUGUCACACAGUGAAACAUGGCUUUGCUGGCUUGAUGACAAAAAUGACUAUAUUUACAUAUAUGCAGUGGUAUAACAUAAUUAAAUAUAUUUCUUUCAAUACCGGUACAGGUUAUCAGGUAAUUGUACUUUGAGUAUUUGCCUUUGUACUUCAACUCCGCUACAUUUCAGUGGUAAAUGCACUGUGCAACAGUAGCCUAUACAUUUGCAUUAUAGAUUUUAUGUACAAAAUAUAUUACAAGAUUAAAAACUAAUGCUUUGUCAAACACUCAACUAUGAAACAGCAGGUAAACCAGAAUUUUACUGAGGAAUGAAUGCGUAUAAUGAUGUUUGUUUUGAAUAUCCCAUUUAUCUUGUUGUGGUAAGGUUAAGGUUUGCAGAGUUAACUGUAAAGUAAUGGGUCUGAAUUUGACAAACCCUGAUGGUAAUUCAAUUUCUUUACAUUUUAAUGUUUCUUGUGAUUUAAGGAAGAAGCUUUUUAUU